AUGCCUGCCCAAAUUGACGUGCCACUUUCAACCGGCGAACGCCUGGCCGCCUACAAGGAGAAGUUCGGGGAGGCGCUGCGCAACCCGGCCUCGCCCGACUGGUACAAGCGGGAGACGCACGAGCGCGCCCGGGAGUUCUUCUGGGCCGCGCCCUACGAUGCACGCUUUCCGCAGAUCCGCAAACAGCGCCAAUGCUUCGCCUACUUCGUCGACUUCCAUCGGUGCAAGGAGCUGAUGGGUCAAGACUACAAGCCCUGCAAAUUCUUCCAGAACGUCUACAAGGAUUUCUGCCCCGGGUUCUGGGUGACGAAGUGGAACGAGCUGAUCGACGAGGGACGCUUCCCGGCCAAGUUCGACCGC